CCAUUGCAUCAGUUAACCGAGAAGCUUUCACUUCUUAAAAAUCAUCAGUCAAGAGAUAACACUGCACGGAAUAAUGUAACCACAGGAAACUGAAGAGAAUUAGCUCAUAAUUUAAAUAUCAACUCACAUCCCCACACCCAGCUUAAGGCAGGGUGUCUUCAUUCUAUUUGUGACCUAAGAUCUGAAACCAUCCGUCAGAGAGAAAUUGGAUCCAUCUACAAUAAUACAGACCUUGAAGAAAACACUGGGAAGAGUUCCAGUUUACGUAAAAUAGCUGGGAACGAUUUUCAACAUGAAUAAUUCAUCUGAAAAUGUCUCUACUACCAACAGUUCUGCAAACCUGAAUGUAUGUGAUCUGUACACCCACCGUGCUACAGCAAGGGUCCUGCUACCUUUGCACUACACAUUUGUAUGUCUCGUUGGUGUGUUUGGAAAUAUUUUAGCCAUACUCGCUAUUAAGAAAAAACAGAAAAAGAUGAAUUCCAGCACACUUUACUCUAUGAACCUUGUCGUGUCAGACAUUCUCUUUGCAGUUAUUUUACCCACAAGAAUAAUAUAUUAUGCACGGGGAUUUAACUGGCCUUUUGGUGAAGCAAUAUGCAGAAUUGUUUCACUUGUUUGCUACAGCAACACUUAUGCCAGUGUAAGCUUUAUGAUCUGUUUAAGCUUAGACAGAUUUCUUGUUGUAAUAUAUCCAUUUCGCCACACCAAGUUCAGAAAUGUUAAAAAUGUCAAAAAAAUCUGCAUCAUUGUUUGGAUCAUUGUAUUUUGUCAGACAGUACCACUGUUGAUCAUCCCAAUGUCUAAAAAGGAUCAUAAUUUCAUAACGUGCAUGGAAUACCCAAAUUUUGAAACAAUUCCAAAUCUCCCAGGAAUACUUCUUGGUGGUUGCCUUGUGGGCUACUGUCUACCCGUAAUAAUCAUGAUGGUCUGCUACUCCCAAAUCAGCUCAAAACUUUCCAAGACAGCAAAACAGAAUCCUUUAACUGAAAAAUCAGGAAGGAACAAAAAAGCCAACAAUAUUGUGCUUCUCGUGCUGAUUGUGUUUGUACUCUGUUUUACUCCAUACCACAUUACUAUCAUACAACACAUGAUCAAAAAACUAAGCUAUGAACCAACCUGCCAGGAGAAACAGUACUUUCAAAUUGCCCUCCACAUAACUGUGUCUGUGAUGAACUUUAAUUGCUGCAUGGAUCCCUUCAUCUACUUCUUUGCUUGCAAGGGCUACAGGAGUAUAGUUCUCAAGAUUAUAAGACGCCACGCCAGCAUAUCACUUUCAAGUGGAACAAAAGCUAAUCUUGACAACAGUUCACCUGGUACAGAGAAUCGUAUACAUGCUGUUGGAACAGCAUCUGACACCAAUUUAUAAACAGAAAUUACUUUGACAAAAAGUGGGCAAAUAUACAAACCUGAUCAGGGUUCUUAUAUAUACAGCUGUGCAAAUUUCUGUCACAUUAUUUCAUGGAAAUCAAUGUAAGAAACUUUUAUUAUUGUAACUGAAUUGAGUCCAACUAGUUCUUCUUAUGAGGUUAAUAAAAUGAGUAUGAGGUUGAUAAAAUGAGUAACAUAUUCAAAAAUAUCCUCAGAGUGAGAUAAGAGGUGUAUCAUUGGGAUUAAUAUCAAUCAGAGGAGGCAUGCCGGCAAAGCCAAGCAGGUUUGCAAUAAGGGCAAAUGUUAAGUUAUCGACACGUUCUUCCAACAUAGAAGCCAAAGCCCUAAUGGUAGUCUCACUUAGAUGGGUACCAUUCCGUGCAGUUACCAAUCGACACUGAAGAUGUGAUACUCUGCAAAGAUUUAAAGACACAUCCCUAAGUUUUGAUGUGAACUGAAUGAAUAAAGUAGCUUACAUUAAAGCAAUGCCUCUAGAAAUAUCUCAAAGGAAACCAAGAGGAGUAAAGGUUAAUAAUGUAUCAAAUAUACAAUUAUGAAAGUUGAAUAUAAAAUAUUCAAAAAAAGUGGCAAUUUCUAGUAUUGAUGUACAAACUUGAAAUUGAUGAACUAUAUUUAGUGAAUCAAUUAUGUGCAAUUGAAGUUUUUUUUAAAAAAAACUGAUUGCUUGAAAUGGCAGCUGUAGCUUUAUGUUGAUGGCAUAUGUACCGCAAUAAAAAGUGAUAUGAAAUAAUUUCCAAUCCAUAUAAUGUGCAAUGUUUCAUAAAUAAUUUGUGAUUUCUUGAGGCUACUCCAGAAGUGUCGAUUUCAAGAUCCUC